GCACAAAGUGGAUCCCCAUGGUGAACGGGGGAGUCGAAAAGGGCUCCAGGAUCCCCAUUAUUUUAGUGGGAAACAAGUCUGACCUGCAGGUGGGGAGCUCCAUGGAUGUCAUCCUGCCCAUCAUGAACCAGUUCUCAGAGAUUGAGACCUGCGUGGAGUGCUCUGCCAAGAACCUCAAGAACAUCUCUGAGCUCUUCUACUAUGCCCAGAAAGCUGUGCUGCACCCCACCGCCCCGCUCUACGACCCAGAGGAGAAGCAGCUGAAACCUGCGUGUGCACGGGCGCUGACCCGGAUUUUCAACCUCUCGGACCAGGAUAACAACCAGAUCCUUAGUGAUGAUGAACUCAACUACUUCCAGAAGUCCUGCUUUGGAAACCCACUGGCUCCCCAGGCCCUGGAGGACGUGAAAAUGGUUGUGUGGAAGAACACCACAGACGGGGUGCAAGACAACGGCCUGACGUUGAACGGCUUCCUCUUCCUCAACACACUCUUCAUCCAGAGGGGCCGGCAUGAAACCACCUGGACCAUCCUUCGCCGCUUUGGGUACGAUGACGAGCUGGAGCUGACGGAUGACUAUCUCUACCCACAGUUCCGCCUUCCCCCUGGCUGCUCCACAGAACUCAACCACUUGGGCUACCAGUUCCUGCAGCGGCUCUUUGAGAAGCACGACAAGGACCAGGACGGAGCCCUGUCACCCACAGAGCUGCAGAACUUCUUCAGCGUCUUCCCCUGCGUGCCCUGGGGCCCCGAGCUCUACAACACGGUAUGCACCACUGAUAAAGGCCUGCUUUCCCUGCAUGGAUUCCUCUGCCAGUGGACGCUUGUGGCUUACUUGGAUGUGCGGCACUGCCUGGAGUGCCUGGGCUACUUGGGCUACCCCAUCCUCUCGGAGCAGGACUCCCAGACACAAGCCCUCACGGUGACCCGGGAGAAGAGAAUUGACCUGGAGAAAGGCCAGACCCAGAGAAACGUCUUCCUCUGCAAGGUGCUGGGAGCAAGGGGCGCAGGCAAGUCCGCCUUCCUACGGUGUUUUCAUUGGUGGCAGGCCCAGAGGGAGAACCCGGGAGAGCCAUCCCUCUACACCAUCAACACGGUGCAGGUCAACGGCCAGGAGAAGUACCUUAUACUGUAUGAGGUCAGCGCCGACGCCAAGUUCGCGAAGCCGUCGGACGCUGCCUGCGAUGUCGCCUGCUUCAUCUAUGACCUGAGCGACCCCAGAUCCUUCCGCUACUGUGCCAGUAUUUAUAAGCAACACUACCUGGACAGCCAGAUCCCCUGUGUCUUUGUGGCCUCCAAGACAGACCUGCCAGAAGCCAGUCAGCAGCCAGGACUGUCCCCCGCCGAGUUCUGCUACAAGCACUGCCUCCCGCCGCCCUUCCUCUUCUCCUGCCACGGCCAGGGCCCACCCGGCACCACCAUCUACACCAAGCUGGCCACUGCUGCCACCUUCCCCCACUUGAAUGCCGUGGAGCUGGGAGCGGCGUCCUUCUGGCUCCGGGUGGCUCUGGGGGCCGCGGUGACUGCUCUGGUAGGGUUCACGCUGUACCGCGUGCUAGCCAAGAACAAAUGA